UUCGGCCUAUCGAUUUCGUGAAGAAAGGUUCGUUCCACUGCUAAGUACCCAAGUACCAUUUUUGGUACGGUUUUCACCGUGUCUGUGUGUAGUGGUUCGAGUUGUUCUCGAUGGACUUGGAUAGGAAUGAAUUAGUUCUCGCUAUUAUUAAGUUUUUACUGAGUUGUUGAGAAACGACUGUGCGGAAAUGGCGACUUUGCUGAAUUCGACGAACGGAAUAGUCGGAAAAGUGUACGACUAUUAUUUAUGGACUUUAUCGUUGUCAGAUGAAAGGACGAAAGGAUGGCUGUUUGUAGAUUCGCCAGCUCCAACAUUACUUUACACUAUUUUAUACCUUUUUAUAGUUUGGAUAGGACCUAUUUUGAUGCGAAAUCGUAAACCCUUCCAACUCAAAUAUAUAUUAUUGCCCUACAACUUGUUCAUGUCGGUGCUAAACCUCUUCAUUGCUUGGCAGCUGCUCACAGCUUCAACUAGGCUACGCUACAGCUACAUUUGCGAACCGUGCCGCCAAAAGUACCACCCAGACGAAUUACAAAUAGCUAAUGCGGUGUGGUGGUAUUACUUUUCCAAGCUGUUGGAGUUCUGCGACACCUUCUUUUUCAUUCUAAGAAAGAAAACCAACCAACUCACUUUCCUCCACGUGUACCACCAUUCUACAAUGUGGUGCUUGUGGUGGAUCGGAGUCAAGUGGGUACCAAGCGGAUCAACUUUCUUACCGGCUAUGGUUAAUUCCGCAAUACAUGUGUUGAUGUACGCUUACUACGGACUCUCGGUUUUGGGUCCAAGGAUCCAAAAGUACCUCUGGUGGAAGAAGUACUUAACAAUCCUACAAAUGAUUCAGUUCACUUGUGCCUUGAUUCUGGGUGCGAAUGGAUUAAGAACAGGCUGCGAUUUCCCACUUUGGAUGCACUAUACACUGAUCAUUUAUAUGAUGUCUUUCAUUGUGCUCUUUGGAAACUUUUACGUAAAAGCUUACAUCGAAAAGGGAAGUCAAGUCUUCUUUGGUAUGGACGUAGGAUGCGGCCAAGGCAAUACAUACGUUGAAAGGGAAAAUAAGGAGAGCAGAUCCUCCGGUGGUUUGGACAUUGAGAAGAAGGACAAUUAAGAAAGCAAAAUCAAAACGCGUUUCAUGCUCUUGUAUUAGAUUGUAAAAUGUUAAAUCACGAUCUUCCUGACUCAAUCUAAGGUGUAGAUGUCGAAAUGAAUGGAAGGAUAUUUUACUUGCGAUUAGACGUUUUGUGGCUUCCCUUUAAUAAUUUUGACUUUCUUAUACUUUAUGUAUAUAAUUCUAAACUAUUAUGUAGUUAAUUUAUAUAAAAAACAGUGAUAAGUAAUAACGUAUACACUGCUUUAACGUGGGAGUUUGUUGAAAAAGCACAAAGGGUACGAAUUAAGGCCACUUUCAAGCAGUGUACAUAGUAAGCUUAAUGUUCAAAAUUUUAAUAAUAAAAACAUGUCAAUUAUAUCAGUAGCAAUGUUACUGGCAUCAAAACUUUUAUAAAAUAACUGGAAAUUUUAUAAUAGUAAUUUCUCAGGGUAACCAGGAAAUCUACAUUCCACAAGUUUGAUACAUACCCACAGCUUGGCAUGCAAGUUCAGACAUUUGAGAAACACGCGUCAUAAUGUUAAUAAAGUUUCCUUUUUCUGGCAUUGUAGUCAAACGUAACCAGAUCAAUAAUAUUUAUAGUAAAUGUACAUUAGAAUAGUUGGUUAUUUAAAAGUAAGUGCACAUAUCAAACUAAAAGUUUUUAUUUAUAUUACGCAUACGCAUAACUGUUUAACGAAAUUUUGUCAUUACCAAUAAAAUAGGUUGUUCACGUUAUAAUUUUAUUGGUAGUGGAACAAACAGGCAGACAAUUUCUGCAAUUUUAAUCAUACUUUUAUACAAUAUGUAUCAAACAAUAUAAAUCAAUAAAAUUUCUGACAAAUUUA